GGGGCCCGGGCAGAAGCUGUGCACCCUGCGCCCGAGGAGCCCCCGUUGGCCUGGGGGGGCUGAGGGACUGAGCCCCCCAGAGCAGGACCUCCCCCUGGAAGGGCCGCGCCGCAGCCCGUGGGAGGGCCUCGCCCCCGGCGCCCCCCAUCUCCACUCGCCGCCGUCCCGGCCUCCGCCGGAGGGAGGGGCCGAGCGCCCUCGGGGGGCCGUGGACCCCGGCGUUCUGAGUGUUCCGCGCCCCGCGCCGCCCGGCCCCCCCGCCGCCGAUGGCCGCCGACCCGCCGGGAGCUGCCGAGAAGGGAGAGAUGGCUCCCGGGACACGUGUGAGCCCUCGGCGUUGCUGACGCCCCCAAUGUCGUCGAGCAGCCGGGGGCCGGGGGCCGGAGCGCGCCGACGCCGAACCCGCUGCCGCCGCUGCCGGGCCUGUGUGCGAACUGAGUGCGGGGACUGCCACUUCUGCCGAGACAUGAAGAAGUUCGGGGGGCCCGGGCGCAUGAAGCAGUCGUGCCUGCUCCGGCAGUGCACUGCCCCCGUGCUCCCACACACAGCUGUGUGCCUCUUGUGUGGGGAGGCUGGGAAGGAGGACACAGUGGAGGGAGAGGAAGAGAAAUUUGGUUUGAGCCUCAUGGAGUGUACAAUCUGCAACGAGAUCGUCCACCCUGGCUGCCUGAAGAUGGGGAAAGCUGAGGGUGUCAUCAAUGCAGAGAUCCCCAACUGCUGGGAGUGCCCUCGCUGCACCCAGGAAGGCCGGACCAGCAAGGAUUCAGGUGAGGGACCAGGCCGUCGCAGGGCUGACAACGGCGAGGAGGGCGCCAGCCUGGGGAGUGGAUGGAAGCUGACGGAGGAGCCGCCACUUCCACCACCCCCACCCAGGCGCAAGGGUCCCUUACCUGCUGGGCCCCCCCCAGAGGACGUGCCUGGGCCCCCCAAAAGAAAGGAGAGGGAGGCAGGGAAUGAGCCCCCUACCCCAAGGAAAAAGGUGAAAGGAGGCCGAGAGAGGCACCUGAAGAAGGUGGGUGGAGACGCCUGCCUCCUCCGAGGAUCGGACCCAGGCGGCCCUGGCCUUCUGCCCCCCAGGGUUCUGAAUCCGAGCCAGGCUUUCUCGUCCUGCCACCCUGGGCUCCCUCCCGAGAACUGGGAGAAACCAAAGCCGCCUUUGGCCUCUGCUGAGGGCCCGGCGGUGCCGUCUCCAUCACCACAGAGGGAGAAGCUAGAGCGUUUCAAGCGGAUGUGCCAGCUGCUGGAGCGGGUGCCUGACACGUCCUCGUCCUCAUCGGACUCAGACUCGGACUCAGACUCCUCAGGCACAUCGCUGAGUGAGGAUGAGGCUCCUGGCGAGGCCCGGAAUGGGCGACGCCCUGCCCGGGGCAGCUCGGGCGAGAAGGAGAACCGUGGGGGGCGGCGGGCUGUGCGCCCCGGCAGUGGGGGGCCCCUCCUCAGCUGGCCCCUGGGCCCCGCCCCACCACCCCGGCCCCCACAGCUGGAGCGGCAUGUCGUCCGGCCCCCACCUCGAAGCCCUGAGCCCGACACGCUGCCUUUGGCUGCUGGAUCCGACCACCCCCUGCCCCGGGCCGCCUGGCUUCGUGUCUUCCAGCACCUCGGGCCCCGAGAGCUAUGCAUUUGCAUGCGUGUCUGCCGGACUUGGAGCCGCUGGUGCUACGACAAGCGUCUGUGGCCACGAAUGGACCUGAGCCGUCGGAAGUCACUGACCCCGCCCAUGCUUAGUGGUGUGGUUCGACGCCAGCCUCGAGCCCUGGACCUCAGCUGGACAGGUGUCUCCAAGAAGCAGCUCAUGUGGCUUCUGAACCGACUGCAAGGCCUGCAGGAGCUGGUGCUCUCUGGCUGCUCCUGGCUCUCUGUCUCUGCCCUGGGCUCUGCCCCACUGCCGGCCCUGCGGCUUCUGGACCUCCGCUGGAUCGAGGAUGUUAAAGACUCCCAGCUCCGCGAGCUGCUGCUGCCUCCGCCAGACACCAAACCAGGGCAAACGGAGAGCCGAGGGCGGCUGCAGGGAGUAGCAGAGCUGCGCCUGGCAGGCCUGGAGCUGACGGAUGCCUCCUUGCGGCUCCUUCUGCGCCAUGCACCCCAGCUGAGCGCCCUGGACCUGAGCCACUGCGCCCACGUUGGGGAUCCCAGCGUCCACCUCCUCACGGCCCCCACCUCCCCUCUCCGAGAGACCCUGGUCCACCUCAAUCUCGCUGGUUGCCACCGCCUCACGGACCACUGCCUCCCGCUGUUCCGCCGCUGCCCGCGCCUACGCCGCCUAGAUCUACGCUCCUGCCGCCAGCUCUCACCUGAAGCUUGUGCCCGGCUGGCAGCUGCCGGGCCCCCUGGCCCCUUCCGCUGCCCAGAGGAGAAGCUACUUCUCAAGGACAGCUAGUUGGGUGCCCCCCCCACCCUCCCCCAGGACUCAUCAGGAGCCUGGACCUCAGGCCUUCAUUUCACCCCUGCCGGGAGGCCAGGUUACCCACCUCAUGACUUGGGAUUCCUGAGUUUUAUGACUUAGGAUUUCUGCCCAGAGACUCGAGCCAGCCUCCCCUUCUCUGCCCCCUGCACUGAUAUCUCUGGGGGUCUCUCUUUCCCAUCCCCUCCCCCUUCCACCUGCUUCAUUGUCCAUCCCCUGGGGGGAGUGGGUCAGAGGUACUGGGGGUGCUGAGCCAAAGGGAUGGUGGGAGGGGGGUUGAGGUGCAAGUUUGAGGGAGGGAGAAUGGGGAAAGGGUAUCUGCACACAGGAUACUGGGACCCAGAGGGCUGGGGGAGGUAGAGGAUGGG